AUUAUUAAGAGGUGGCUUAGAUUCCUUAGAAUUGUGGCUUUUGACCUCCUAUUUUUAGUAUUUUACCUCAGAAUUUUUACUUAACAUCGUAUAAUUACACGUUCUCUGACUGAUGUGCGUUAGCUGCACCGCUAGUUUCUGGGGACAUCAUAAUUCGAGUGUCCUUGACUUCAGUCAGAGUUAUCCAUCUAUUCGAAUGCCAUAUCUCUGUUUUUCGUGUCACUGCGACGUUCGACGGCAGUCAAACUAGCCAAUCACAGCCCGCUGUUCAAGGAAAGUCACGCAGAGUGUGCAUGUUGUCACAGAUCCUGCUUGUGAAAACAGACGGAGAAAUCCUCCUUACUUCGAUUUUUCACCGGUUUUGAGGCUGCUGAUAGAGAUGAACAGCGUCGGGGAGGCCUGCACCGACCUGAAGCGGGAGUACGACCAGUGCUUCAACCGCUGGUUCGCCGAGAAGUUCCUGAAGGGGGACCGGAGCGGCGAUCCGUGCACCGAGACCUUCCGGGAGUACCAGCGGUGCGUGAAGAAGGCCAUCAAGGAGAAAGACAUCCCUAUCGACGGCGUGGAGUUCAUGGGGCCAAACAAAGACAAGCCUGAGAGCUGAUGGGCUCUAAACCUGACUGAUAAUCGAUCCUGAGACCGAUGCUGACCGUGCUGUGUGUCCACGAGGCCCACUGAGCAUGCGCAGAGGCUGAGAUGACGCUCCUGCUGAGUGAGGAGAUGAGGAAGCUGAAACUGAUCCAUGUGUGUUUUUCUGAGUUUAAACACGCUGAAAUGAUCAGAGAACAGAAGAAUUAGUGCUUUCUCUGCAGUUAUGCCUCUUUAUUUGAGAUUUCAUUUAAUCAGCAGUAUGUGGGGUGCUUACAGACCGGAAAUGACGACUAAAAACUAUCGUAAUCUAAUCAUUGAAGUUAACAUGCUGGAUGGAGCGUGGAAGCUGUGCUGCUCUUGUCUGUUUUAUACUACUGAAAUCUAACUAUGUGUGGGAUUUUAUAAAGUCAAAGAUUUAGAAAUUAUCUGGAAAAAGAAUUUGAUCAUUAAAGGAAAAUGUUAAAACUGA